UGAGGCCACCGUCUUUGUUUUUAAAAAGUUGUCCAUUACUAAAUUUAGCUCAGGCUGUAAAUUCAAGGGAAGCAGGAAGAAGAAGUAGUCAUAUUGCUCAACUUUGCUUGAGUUUCCAGUGAAGAUGCAGUUGUGUAGCGCUCUGGCGUAUAUGUUAGUUAUUUGUUCCGGGCUGUGUUGGGGGGACACCCCUGCCAACUGCACUUAUGAGGACUUGCUGGGGACAUGGGUCUUCCAGGUGUCUAACGGGGGUCAUGACAAGACUGUCAACUGCUCCGGUGAAGCCACAGGUGAAAGCUCCGUGAUGUUUACACUUGAGAAGCUUACUGUAGCCAAAGACGAGCUGGGAAACACUGGCUUUUUCACCCUAAUCUACAACCAGGGUUUUGAAGUAGUCAUUAAUGGCUACAAAUGGUUUGCAUUCUUCAAGUACACUGAAGAGGGCCCGAAGGUGACCAGCUACUGUGACCAUACCCUACCAGGAUGGGUGCAUGAUGUCCUAGGCAACAACUGGGGCUGUUUUGUUGGGAAGAAAUUGAAACCAGUAGCACCACUGGCUUCUUAUAAACCAGCACUGAGCCCCAGGCUCCUCAAAAUACCUUUUACACCAAACCAGGACGUCAUUGAGUCCAUUAACUCAGCCCAGAAUUCUUGGAAGGCUGUCUCCUACCCAGAAUAUAAGACUUACUCAAUGCAGGACCUACUCUACAAAGCAGGGGGACCAGCCUCCCGUAUUUCUGUCCAUGUUCACCCUACUUCUGUGACUGCUGAAGAAGCCAAGUUGGCAGCAGCUCUACCGGAGCACUGGGACUGGAGGAACGUGGAUGGCAUAAACUUUGUCAGCCCUGUUCGAAACCAAGCUUCAUGCGGUAGCUGCUACUCUUUCGCCUCCAUGGGAAUGCUAGAGGCUCGUAUCCGAAUCCGAACCAACAACAGUGAGACUCCCAUACUCAGCCCCCAACAAGUUGUUUCCUGCUCUGAAUUUUCUCAAGGUUGUGAUGGUGGCUUUCCUUUCCUGAUUGGAAAGUACGUCCAGGACUUCGGUAUCGUGGAUGAGUCCUGUUUUCCUUAUGUUGGAAAAAACACUCCCUGCGGAGUCCCUAAAAAAUGCAGUCGGACUUACGUAGCAGAAUACAGCUACGUGGGAGGAUUUUACGGCGGCUGCAGUGAGGCUGCCAUGAUGCUGGAACUGGUACAGAAUGGCCCCAUGGCGGUGGCCUUUGAGGUGUACCCGGACUUCAUGUACUACAAGGAAGGAAUAUACCAUCACACAGGCAUCUCGGAAUCUUUCAAUCCCUUCGAGCUGACAAACCACGCUGUGCUGCUGGUGGGCUACGGCCGCUGUCAUAUGACUGGCCAGAAAUACUGGCUUGUCAAGAAUAGCUGGGGCACCAGCUGGGGAGAAGAUGGCUACUUCCGAAUCCGCCGGGGAAGCGAUGAGUGUUCCAUCGAAAGCAUCGCAGUCGCAGCCAAGCCCAUUCCAAAACUCUAAAGGCUUUUUUUAAUUGAUUUUUUAGGAUGCACUGUAAGAGAGACCCAAUGUUUUUUCUUCAAGCUGUAGUUUUAAACCCUUCCAUUGCUGAUCAAGAGCAAUUUGGGACUAACAGUUUAAUGACUUAACAGUAUUCUAAAAUGGAAAUCACAAGUAUGCUGGUUAGCUUUCGUUUCAGCUCCACUUGUGAGUUAGUUUAUAAUUUUAGUUGUAACUGAGUGUCAUUUUGAAAUCUAUGGAAUGUUUUUAAAAUUCAAUUUGCUUCUCUUCAAUUAAUGACUGCACUGCUAUUGUGGCUUGAACUUACACAUGUGAUGGUAUAAAGGGAAUUGUCAAGUGUUUGCCAUAUCUGCCUGUCAGGGUCUUGUUGGUUUGUCUCAGGGAAGUACAGCCAAUGUUCAUAUGUUCAUGAAUCAGUUUUAAACCAUGUAUGUUUGCCUUUCAUAAUAAUAAAGGGAGAUAAACAUUGAUAAGCAUUUCUUAGUAUACACAUUGAUGUGAUGGCCAUAAAAUUCAUUUUAACAAAUUACAGGAACACUUUGAUCAUUCGAGAUUUCUUUCUUAGCAUUUAUAUUGCAUUUUGUGUCUUCAGUUUUUUUCUCCUCUUUCUUUCUUCCUUCCUUUCUUUUUUUCUAUUACACUAAAUCUUGUGGCUUUUGACUUUUCUUUCUUUUUCUUUUUCAAAUAUUUUUAUUCAAUUUUUUCAUGUAUAUAAACAGAAAUUUACAAACAAGAUAACACAAGAUAAACCCUCCCCACCCACAACCCCAAAUGUCCUGAAUAACUAUAGUAUUUAGGCAAACAAAUACAUAUCAAUGAUGAGUUAAAGGCAGUGCAUCACAAAAUAAAAGCUGUUGCAUUUAUGUCCAUAUCUGUAUAUAUCUUUAUCUUUAGAGAGAGAAAAUGUAAAAAUAGGAGGAGAAUGAUUGUAUUUAUCCAUACGUCUCAAGGGUUCCCUCCGAACAUCUGAGCAUAUCUCAUGGCUUUGUUUGAGUUUUGUGAAAGUACGUCAGAAAAGGAUCCCACGUCGUAUGGAACCUUCUCCUUGACCUAGUCAAAGAGAAGCGCAACAUUUCUAGUUUGAGGCAAGACAUUAAAUCCCGACGCCACUGGAUAAGCGUGGGCAGGGCAGCCCCCUUCCACUGUAGCAAAAUUGUGCGUCUAGCCAAGAGCAGAGCAAAGGUGACCAUACGUUGUUCUGUAGAUGACAAGUGAUCAUUAUCUUCACGAAAAAUACCAAACAAAGCAAGGGUAGGAUUGAUGUUAAUAUUCUUAUUUAGUACUGUGGACAGAGUUUGGAAAAUAUCAAACCAAAAUUUCUGCAGUUUGGGGCACAGCCAAUACAUAUGUAUCAAUGUAGCGUCCCCAAAUUUGCAUUUAUCACAGGUGGCCGUAAUGUUCGGGUAAAAACUGGACAGUUUAGCUUUGGACAUGUGAGCCCUGUGCACCACCUUGAACUGAAGAAGGCAGUGCCUAGCACAGAUUGAUGAUUUAUGUAUUGAAGAUAGUAUAGAUUCCCACAAAUUAUCAGGGAGAUGCCCCAAAUCUUGUUCCCAAGCUGCCCUUACCUUAUCAAUAGCUGAACCCAAUGAUAACGAAAUGUAGUUAUGCAGUUUUGACAGUGCACCUUCGGAAAGUGGAUCAAAGGAGAGAAACCGGUCGAUUGGAUUAGGACUGGGUACUAAGGGGAAAUUGGGCACAUUAGAGCGCACAUAAUGCCUGACUUGCAAAUAACGAAAAAAGUGAGUUCUGGGUAGAUUAUAUUUCUCAGUCAGUUGAGUAAAUGAUACAAAGUGUCCAUCUUCAAACAUGUCAGCAAAUGAUUUGAUACCCUUAUCGUGCCAUAUCCGAAAGUUAUAAUCACAAGAAGAGGGGAUGAAAAGGUGGUUGGAGGCAAUCGGACUCAAGAGAGAAAACAGUUUGUAGUUAAAGAAUCUCCUAAACUGGACCCAUAUACGAAGGGUGUGACGUACCACUGGGUUAAGUGAGUUUGGUAUUUGACAGUCUGAUGAUGCAGCUAGAAGUGCAGGAAGAGAGACAUUUUCACAGGAGUCCAGCUCCAAAGACGUCCAGCCUGGACCAUCCAGUUGAAGAUAAAAAUGAGUCCAGAAAGCGAUACAGCGAAUAUUAGCAGCCCAGUAAUAAUGACGAAAGUCUGGGAGCCCCAUACCUCCGUCCUUCUUUGGUCUCCGUAAUAUGGCUUUACCGACCCGAGGCCUUUUUCCUUGCCAUAUGUACGAGGAAACUAUGGAAUCUAGAGAAACAAAAAAGGCUUUUGGAAUAAGUACUGGAAUAUUCUGAAAUAAGUACAUAAAUUUUGGAAGUAUAUUCAUUUUUAUUGAGUUUAUACGUCCGGCAAGCGAUAAUGUUAAGGGAGACCACUGUGAUAAUGAUGUUUUAACCUGAUUUAACAAAACAGUAAAAUUAUCUCUUAGAAGAUUCUUAAACUGCCUUGUAACGACCACUCCCAAAUAUGUAAACUGUCUCUCUUCAAUCUGGAACGGGGUGCUGCUAUUGUCCAAAACCAGCGCUUCUCUAUUAACUGGGAAUAAUUGACUCUUAGAUAUAUUGAUUUUGUAUCCAGACACUGAGCUAAAUUGCUCAAGCAAUGUAAGAGCAGCUGGAAGCGAGGUGUUGGGGUCAGACACAUACAGGAGGAGAUCAUCUGCAUACAGAGACACCUUAUGCUCAGUACCUCCUCUCCAAAUACCAGAAAUAUCCUGGUUGUUCCGGAGUGCAAUUGCAAGUGGUUCAAUUGCCAAGGCAAAAAGAAUGGGGCUUAGUGGACAACCCUGGCGGGUUCCACGACCCAAUGCAAAGGGCUGAGAACUUAUGCUAUUUGUUUGAACUCUUGCAAUGGGAGAAGAAUACAGCAAUUUUAUCGAUGCUAUGAGUGUUGGACUAAGACCAAACUUUUCCAGGACCUUAAACAAGUACUUCCACUCUACCCGAUCAAACGCCUUUUCGGCAUCAAGUGAGACUAUACAUUCAGGAACAUUACUCGGGCUUGAGUAUAAAAUAUUAAAGAGCCGCCGAGUGUUAAAGAAGGAGUGUCGGUUUUUAAUGAAACCCGUCUGAUCCUGCGCUAUUAUUAAAGUGGCAGCUUCCUCUAGCCGGUGUGCUAUUGCCUUGGCAAAAAUUUUUGCAUCUGUAUUCAGCAAAGAAAUUGGUCGGUAAGAAGCACAGCGUGUGGGAUCCUUACCCUUUUUGGCAAUGAGAGUUAUACGAGCCUCAUUCAUGGACUGAGGAAGUGAACCAAGCCUGAGUGACUCAGAGAAAACGGUGACAAGGUACGGUGAGAGUAAUGCUGAGAAUGUCUUAUAGAAAUCUGAUGGUAAACCAUCCGGGCCAGGCAUCUUCGAGGAUUGCAUGGAUGCAAUAGCCCGGGUUAUCUCCACCUGGGACACAGGACCCUCCAUUUUCCCCAGUAAUGUUGAUGGAAUGGUUGGGAUGGGUAGAGGGUCAAGAAAGGCUGCAAUAGUUGCAUCAUCAUCAUCAUCAUCGUACUUGUUAAAUUGCGAGGUAUACAGCUGGGCAUAAAAACUUUUAAAGGUGUCAUUUAUUUCAGUAGGAUCGAGAGAAAUAUCACCAUUGUCUGUUUGAAUACGUGUUAUAAAUUGUUUAGCUUUUUGGCCUUUUAAUUGAUUAGCUAGCAAUUUCCCAAUCUUCUCACUGUUCUCAUAGUACAUGCUUUUACUUUUUAACAGGAGGUUUUCAGUUUGGUAAGUAGUGAGAAGGUCCAGCUUUGUUUUCAAUUCUACACGUUGGUUAAAUAGCUCUGAGGUUUGAUCAAGAGCAUAGUGACAA